AUUUGUCCUGCAUAUCCGCUAUUUUAUCAUGUUUCGCUCUCUCAGUGGUAUAUGUUGCGAGCCUUUAUGUGUGGAGUUCACCGUACAAUAGGUACGUACACCGAUUGACAACGAUAAACUUCAAUCUUUAAAUGUCCAUUUUGUGCGACCGUCUACGAUCUCGGUCCUUUAACAGUGAACCACAAGGAACCACGAACAAAGUGUAACUGUAUUCACGUCGCCCAAGAACAUGAAUGCCUACUCUUUGAUUCUCCCACUCACGCAGUCGCUAUUCUGGACAAGAAUUGAGUCUACAGCGCCUCUGUUGGCCAACUAUUUCCUUCAAUUCCUUCUCCAAUUGGCGCGCCAUUUAAAAGGAACAUCCAACGACAAUAAAAAAGAGAUUUUUUAGCGUUUUUAUUAUAUCUCUUAUAUCUCCUGCAUUCUUGUAUUUUGGAAUGAAUGAGAAAGUAUUCCAAAAGGCAACAAUUUGGGAGUUAUUGGGUUUACGAUGGCCGGGUUUAAUUCAAGCAGUUGUGAUACCAUUAUUAUUAACAAUGAUACUAUUUCUAGGGCCAUUAAGUGUACAAGGUUUUAAUGGGCUUUGGAGGUUAUAUGCUGAACCUAUGUAUUGGCUUGGAAACGUACGAACGUUAACAUGGUGGAGAAAUCAAGUAGUUGCACCUUUGUCUGAAGAAUGGACAUUUAGAGCAUGUAUGUUACCAUUGCUUCUGCAAUGUUUUACACCAACUACUGCCAUAUUUGUAGGCCCCUUAUUUUUUGGGGUUGCUCACUUUCAUCAUGUAGUAGAAAGAGUAGAAACAGGCAUGAAACUUAAACAUGCACUUUUUAUAUCCUGUUUUCAAUUUACAUAUACAACAUUAUUUGGAGCAUAUGCAGCUUUUCUUUUUGCUAAAACAGGACAUUUAGCAGCGCCGUUUACGGCACAUUCUUUUUGUAAUUAUAUGGGAUUUCCUGAUCUUUCUGAGGUUGUAGCAUUUAAGGGUCCUUUAAAGAGAGCUGGAUUGUUUUCUUUAUUUGUAAUUGGAUUAGUAGCCUGGUGUUUUUUAUUAACACCAAUGACGAACCCGUCGUUAUUUCAUAAUAAUUUAUUUUGGCAUAAACAUUUUGUAUGAAGAAGUGAUUGAUUUUGCAACAAUGUCACUAAUGUUACUUAUGAUUUUAUGGAAAAGAUCAGUUUAAUUCGAAACUACGUUAAUUUCAGAUUGCAUGAUAUUUUUGAUAAAAUAACUAUAAUGAUUGCAAAAUUAUACAAGAUUUUAUCAAAAGACUUACGGGUUUUUAAUAUAGAAGACAAUCGGAAAAAUUGGUUUCCGGUCAAAUCGUAAAUUUUUCUGUGCAAUCAAAGGUGUUGAUCAUGCAAUAUAGAAAUAAUAUAAAUCACCGUAGUGCCUGAAAUUCAAUUAAAUUUAUGUAGUUGUAAUCAUAAAUACCAGUAACAACUUAGAGGGUUUUUCUUAAAAUAAAAAACGUUAAUGAAAUAUUAUGUAGUUAAAAAAUUUAUGACAUUGUUACAAUAAACACGUUGUUUUGAA